AAACGUAUGCGGGAAUAGUAAACAUUGACGAAAAAAAACUAUUUCGAACAAUUGGCAGUUAAAAAACUUCCCACAAAAAAUGUCUCAUACACCAGGAGAAAAUCCAUUUAAAACAAAAAAGGUUGGUGCGCACAAGAGGUGCUGUUUUGGAAAGUGUAAAAGUGACACUCGGUGCAAGCCCUACUUGGAAUGUAAUUAUUACUUUGUAACAUUUCCAAAACCCUGUUUAACAUUUCGAAAGGGGGAAAUUCCCGAUAUUUCACUUAAAAAACAUAUUAAAAGUUGUGUGAAAUGCAGUAAAAGUGAUAUGUGGGUGAGGUUAUGUGCGCGCAGAGAUGAGUAUUUUGCGAGCAUAAAGGACGUAAACAACGAUACUCACAUUUGCUCAUUGCAUUUCGUGGGAGAAAGUGGUCCAACCGAAAAGUUUCCCAAUCCUGUUAAAAGUAAGAGCCAGCAAGAAAAUUUUAAGUUACUGAUUGGAGGAAAAAAAAGAAAAUCCCUUGAGGAGAAGUAUACUGAUAAAAAAAGGAUACUGGAUGGAGAGGAUUUGGCUGUGAAUGUGGAAUCUAAAGACGUUACAGAAAAAAUGGAGCAGAAAGACUAUCAGAUACAUUUUGCGAAGGAUGUCUGGGAUAAAUCAAGAGUGGACGGAAAACAGAAGUUAAAAGUUAAUGCGCUGCAGACAUCAUUUUUCGACACCCGGCCAAAAAAAGUAGUUCCUACAAAAGCCAUGAAGCAUGCCAGUAUCUUGAAAACUUCUAUCUCCAAGAAUCAAGGGGUUUCUUCGGUAAACACACCAACACCAAAUAAAAACGGAGUCAUGUUACAACUCUCUCCUCCUAGAACAGCCCCGAAGGAAAAAGAUACAGUCACUGCAAUCGAAGAUGUUGAAGAAGAAAUUAUAGUAUUGGGUGCAGCUUCUGAAGACCUUCCCUUAUUUGAUCCCGAAUCUGAAGAAAUUUUAUUUGAAGCCGAUGAUGAAGAAAUUCCACUAUUUGAUCCACACGACUAUGCAAUGGCUUCUGAAACAAUAGAAGCAGAGUAUUUAGAUUCAGAAUUUCUUACAGCUAGAGAAAUCCCAGAAGAAAAUAAAGGUACUGAAGCAUGUGAAGAAAUAUUGCCUUUGCCGGAACCACAGAACACAAAGCAAGUAACAGAAGAUUCCCAAGUAGAGGCAAGAUUGGAAGCUUGUGAAAGGAUUCCGGAUGAAUCGAAAAAGUCCAAAACUGACUUACGCAAAGAGAUGCGAUCCUUGAAAGGCAGACUGAAACACUUGGAGGAAAUUAGAGAUGAGAGCAAAGUAUUGUCGAGACUCAAGACUGUUUUUAAUGAUGAUCAGAUGAUACUCUUGGUCAAAGGUGAAAGCACCAGAGUAAAUUGGACAGAUGCGACCAUGGAAAAAGCUUUAAAACUGAGACUCACUUGUGGCGAAGCUGGUUACACAGAAUUAUUGAGGCAAAAUAUGCCGUUACCGUCUUCAAAGUGUUUACAAAAUGCUAUAAAAACGUCGAGAUUUACGGAAACAUUUUCACAGCAAGUGGUUCAAUAUGUGCAGAAAGAAUUUGGUUCUGCUCAUCAGGGUGGUAAAGUUGACAUUGUAUCAGCUCUGAAGAAAAAGAAACCAGGGAAGAGGAGUUGUUUUGAUGGAAUGUUUGAUCAGUGAGAGAUAGGUUUAUGUUCAAUUUAAAUGCAGUGGAAGGUUUUUAGUAUUAAUGAUUCUGACUGAAAUUUGCUAAGAAUGUACUGCGUUUAAUUUGAUUUAAGGCAAUGAGAUGAGUGGGUCACGUGACCAGAUUCCUACCUUACCGUCACUUUUCUCAUUUCCUAUCUUAUUUUCACACGAAGCAUCAAAUCGAGUUGAAAAUUUGGGAUAAUAAA